AUGAAAAACCUCACUACAUUGGCUGAGUUCAUCCUGCUGGGCCUGACAGAUGCCCCCGAGUUCCAGGUUGUGAUUUUCCUCUUUCUCUUUCUCACCUACAUGUUUAGCAUCAUUGGCAACCUGACCAUCAUCAUCCUCACACUGCUGGACACCCACCUCCAAACCCCCAUGUAUUUCUUCCUUCGCAAUUUUUCCAUCUUAGAAAUUUUCUUCACGUCUGUUUUCACUCCCAGACUGCUAUUCAGUAUCACCACAGGGAACAAAACCAUUAGUUUUCUUGGCUGCUUCCUUCAGUACUUUUUUGCCAUAUUUCUGGGGGCCACUGAGUUUUUCCUUCUGGCUGCCAUGUCCUAUGACCGCUAUGUUGCCAUCUGCAAGCCCCUGCAUUACACAACCAUCAUGAGCAGCAGGGUCUGCAUCCUACUCAUCCUCUGCUCUUGGCUGGCAGGGUUCCUGAUUGCUACACCAGUAAUUAUAAUAGCAAGUCGUCUGAAUUUCUGCUCAUUCAAUACUAUGAAUCAUUACUUCUGUGACACUGCUCCGCUGCUGAAGCUCUCCUGUUCAGACAUAGGCCUGGUAGAGCUAGUUGAUACUCUCUUAGCCAUAGUGACACUUCUGGUCACCCUGGCACUGGUGCUUCUCUCCUAUACAAACAUCCUCCAUACAAUUCUGAGAUUUCCUUCUGCUCAGCAGAGGAAAAAGGCUUUUUCAACCUGUUCCUCCCACAUGAUUGUCAUCUCCCUCUCUUAUGGCAGCUGCAUGUUUAUGUACAUUAAUCCCUCAACAAAAGAUGCCAGCUUCCAUAAAGGAGUAAGUAUCCUCCAAACCUCAGUUGCUCCCCUGUUAAAUCCCUUCAUUUAUACCCUACGGAACAAGCAAGUGAUACAAGCCUUCAAGGACUCGGUCCAAAAGAUCAUGAGUCACUGA